UGAGGCACUGCAGCGCCCGUGUCUGCACCCAUUGCAUGCACCACCCAUGCCCGCGGCCUUAGCAGGCCAGUUGGCCGAGCCAGCGGCCGACCGCCCGGCCACAACAGGCUGGCGGUCCGGCCAGACCCCAGACCGGCAAGUUCAGACCGGUUUGGCUCAAAUUUAUUAUUUAAGU